GUACGGGCACAGAGCUCCUCCGAAACACCGACACUAGCUGGGCUAUAACAGUACGCUCCAAUCACUGUGUACCUCUCUCUGGGCACGUGUUUCCGACGCAACGCAUCAUAGAUCCCGGAAGUAAACAUCUUCCACAAUGUAGAGUCCACAGCGCCCCCAGCGGCACGGAGGGAUACCUGCACUCACCGUGUUAUAGGGGAUUAUACCCCGCUAUAACCCUGUGUACAGAGUAUCGGGGUCACGGCAAGCCGGGGGGGGGAUCAGCGGCUAUUCAGCUGAGAAACCUUCCCGAGGCAGUGAUAGAUACGGGAACUAGAGGGAGCUGCACGCUUCUCUGUCCUCUUAUUGGUAAAAUGACCCAGUUCUGUGGGAGUUAAUGAUGUCGCUCCAUUGCCCACACAUCUCGGUCAUAUUAGCAGAACCCGGGCUGAGUCAUCGUCUGCCUCCCGCAAAACCUAAGGCAUAGAGACUGCACAAACUGUAAGUCCAUCCAUAAAACUACAUCCCCCGUCAUGCUCCGGGUCAGUGUGCCUGUCGCAGGGCUAUGACGUUGCCGCAGUGCAUGGAGUGGGUGGUAGCUUCUUGAUCUUUGCUCUCAGGCGCACCCUGUCAUCAGCGAAUGGACAGGGCACGGUGACCCACCUCCCUCAAGGUACUAGUGGUGUCUGGCAGCAUGCUCAGCGGGCCUGGCUCCAUGCUUCACUCCUGUGCCCUCCAUAGGCCUGGUUAUUACACUUCCUGCUCCUGAAAUACUCACCUGGGGUGUUUCCCCAUUGCCAAGCAAGGUGCGUGCCCAUACCUACAGUUCAACAGGGGUCUGGCAAUGUCACUCUCUAGACACGUAUACCCACUUAUGUUUAAUGUUUUAAAAAAAAAUUGAAAGCAUGUUUUAAUGUAAUUGCCUAUUUUAGCUUAUUAUUUGUUACCCACAUUCCUGUUUGUCAAUGCAACAAUUUUAUUGAGCAAAACUGCCUGGAAGGUAAGCGUUUGAUCCUAGCAUUCUGAAUCAAAUAAGCUUAAAUGUUUAGGCAGUCGUAGGCACCAUGACAACUUAAUCUAAAGGAAGUUGUUAUGGUGCCAAGGACCCUCCCCCACCCUCCGGCACACUCUUGCAUCAAGGGGUUAAAUGCAUUAUAUAUCUCCCUGGAACUUUAUUGAAAUCUUCAAGUAAUUUCCUGAACUGAUAUUGAUGCUUUCAAAUUUGCAACUCAUUUUAGGAUUGGAAAAGAACAAUGCAUGAGAUUUAACAAAAUCUAAGUAUUCAGUUGGAAUUAAUACUGUUGGCGUGUCUUGUAUACUUACUGCAAACUUCAUGAUGUAAUCAAAUGCAAGGACUCAUGGAGUGACUCACAAAUCCAUGCCUUGUAUGGUAGAGAGAGGAACCUUUGACCAUUUUAUUAUGAGGUUUCAAUUUUUUUACUCUUUCUUUACGCACAGUGUUUUUCGACUUUGUUCUCUCCAGUAAAUGUUGCUAGCAACUUGUGGAAAUGGGCAUGGGAUGGAAAUCUCCAUGACCCUUUUUAAUUUUACAUGUUGCAGUGAUUUAAAGGGACACUGUAGUCCCCAGAACAACUACAGCUUAUUGAAUUUGUUCUGGUGAGUAUAACCAUUACAUUCAGUCUUUUUGCUGUAAACACUGUGUUUUCAUUACAGCCUAGUGAUAACUUCACUGGCCACUCCUCAGAUAGUUGUUAGAGAUCCUUCCUGGGCCAUGGCUGCCUAAAAUGCAUCCAAACAUUCAGUGUCUCCUCCCUCUACAUGCAGACACUGAACUUUCCUCAUAGAGAUUCAUUGAUUCAAUUAUUAUUAUUAUUAUUAUUAUUGCCAUUUAUAUAGCGCCAACAGAUUCCGUAGCGCUUUACAAUAUUAUGAGAGGGGAUUUAACUAUAAAUAGGACAAUUACAAAUAAACUUACAGGAACAAUAGGUUGAAGAGGACCCUGCUCAAUCGAGCUUAGAUUCUAUAGGAGGUGGGGUAUAAAACACAGUAGGACAGGAAUUUGCAAUCAAAUAAGGUGGGCUGCCCUUUAGGAGAGGGCAAGAGACAGGUAUGUGAGGUAGGGGUUAGUCUUGGAGGCCAUAAGCUUUCCUAAAGAGAUGGGUUUUAAGGCACUUCUUAAAAGAUGCAAGACUAGGGGAGAGUCUGAUGGCGGGAGGCAGGCUAUUCCAUAGGAAGGGAGCCGCCCGCGAGAAGUCCUGCAAGCGCGAGUUGGCCGUACGGGUGCGGACAACGGACAGGAGGUGGUCAUGGGCAGAGCGGAGAGACCGAGAAGGGACAUACCUAUGGAUCUGUGAGGAGAUAUAAGAGGGGCUAGAGUUGUUCAGUGCUUUAUAGGUGUGAGUUAGUGCCUUGAAUUGACUCCUAUAGCACACAGGAAGCCAAUGUAAGGGCUGGCAGAGGGGUGAGGUGUGAGAGAACCGACUAGAGAGGAAAAUCAGUCUAGCAGCAGCGUUCAUUACAGACUGUAGGGGUGCAGUACGGCUUUUGGGAAGACCAAGCAGGAGAGGGUUACAAUAAUCCAUGCGUGAAAUUAUUAGAGCAUGGACAAGCUCCUUGGUAGUAUCUGGUGCAAGAAAGGGGCGGAUGCGGGCUAUGUUUUUAAGAUGGAAUCUACAGGAUUUGGCAACAUGCUGGAUGUGAGGCUCAAAGGUGAGACCAGAGUCAAGUAUGACGCCAAGACAGCGCGCUUGCAAGGAUGGGCUGAUGUUGGUACCACAAACUUGAAGGGAGAGCGAGAGAGGAGCAUCAGUAUUAGGAGGAGGAAAGACAAGGAGCUCAGUUUAUGAGAGAUUGAGUUUCAGAAAGUGGGAGGACAUCCAUUCAGAGAUGGAAGAAAGCAAGCAGUGACACGUUGCAGGACAGCAGGGGAGAGGUCUGGGGAGGAGAGAUAUAGCUGGGUGUCAUCAGCGUACAGGUGGUAGUGGAAUCCAAAUGAGGUAAUAAGUUUGCCAAGAGAGGCAGUAUAAAGAGAAAAUAGAAGGGGACAGGGCGAGGGGAGGAGGUAUCAUUAGAAAAAGAGACACUGAAUGAGCGUUGGGAGAGAUUAGAGGAAAACCAUGAGAUUGCAGAGUUUGAAGAAGGAGAGCAUGAUCAACUGUGUCAAAGGCCGCUGAGAGGUCAAGAAGAAUUAGUAUGGAGUAGUGGCCUUUGGAUUUAGCUGCGAUUAGGUCGUUAGUAACUUUGAUAAGGGCAGUCUCUGUAGAGUGGAGAGGGCGGAAGCCAGAUUGAAGGGGGUCAAGGAGAGAGUUGGAAUUGAGGAAAUGAGACACACGGGUAAAGACUCCUCUAUGAGGAGAUGCUGAUUGACCAGGGCUGUGUUUGAAUCAUGCUGGCUCUGCCCCUGAUCUGCCUCCUUGUCAGUCUCAGCCAAUCCUAUGGGGAAGCAUUGUGAUUGGAUCAGGCUACCACUUCUGAUGAUGUCAGAAGACUGCUUGUUUUUUUUGUUUGUUUUUUUUAGGCAAACAGCAUGCAGAUCUACAGCAUCUGGUUUGAAUAAAGUCAGAUUUUGCUAUAUUUAUGGAGGCAUGAGGGGCCCAGGGGGGCUAGACGGUGGUUUUAACACUAUAGGGUCAGGAAUACAUGUUUGUGUUCCGGGCCCUAUAGUGAUCCUUUAAUUUACAGAGCAGGAAAUACAGCGUUCUAAAGUAAAGUUUAAUCACAAGCAGGAGGCUCCUGCAGGGUCUAAAAGGCUAUAACAGAACAGGGAAUAAUAAAUCCUAAGUUAAACAAACUGUGCAAUAAAGGAGGUUUACACAUUAGACCUCUCUUUACAUGAAGUGUGCAGUGAGACUGUGUAGGCUACAUGCCGGGGGUGGGGCUAGGGCUCCAAAAACAAAGUGAUUUAACUCCUAAAUUGCAGGUGAGGGGUAUAAUCGCUACACCAAAAUCACUUAAUUAAGCAAAAAAUGUUUUUUGUGCUUAUUGUGUCGCUUUACGGGUUACUUCAUCCAAAAAUCAGUAUUUUAACAAACUACUCCACACAGGGUCAAAAUAAAGCAUAAACUGACCUCUGUACCAGCAAAUGUUUUCACUUUAGUCUGAUCCUCCUCCACUGAAAUCACUACUCCUAGCGGUUGUUAGGAUGAAUUGGAGGACAUCAGUGGCAUAGAGUAGGAGCCGUACCACCACUAAACCCCUGUCACCAGCAUGCUGGGUGUGCUGUUGUCAGAUGUCCAAUAUGCACAGAAUUCAUAUUGGCCAACCCAGAACUCUUAUUACAAGCAGGCUAAUGACGGCACAAUGAUGCUGCCAGAGGUGGAGAUACACCCAGCAGAGGGUUUAAACUCUAAAAUGCCAAUAUUUUACCUGGCUCAGCCGUUGUUAACACAGUAAAGGAGUUUAAGCAUGUGUGGGAUAGGCAUAAGGGUAUCCUAACUAUAAGAUAAGGCUAGGGACAAAUGAAAGUAUUUAGAAAAUUGGGCAGACUAGAUGGGCCGAAUGGUUCUUAUCUGCCGUCACAUUCUAUGUUUCUAUGUUUAACUCAGAGAAUUUUGACACUUUUCAUUGAACCAUUGUAUCACAAACCUUUGUCAAAUCCCCUGGUUAUAUUUAAAAAAAAAAAAAAAAAUAUAUAUAUAUAUAUAUAUAUAUAUAUAAUAAAAAAAAAAAUUUUUUUAUUAUUAUUAUUUUUUUAUUUUAUUUUUUUUUAACAUAAUUUAUUUUGUGGAAAUUUACAGACCACAUGUGAUGGCCCCACUACUGUAAAUAUCCCAUGUCUGUAUUCAGCUACUGUACUAAAUUACAGUGAUAUCCCACAUGUAUAACUUUGCCACUAAUUUAGCCCCUUAUCCUACCUUUAGACGGAUUCCCUCUUCUGGCGUCAGCAGAGGAAUUCCCCAGCUCUGUGAGAGCUCUCUACUGUGUGAUUGCAGCAUUUUAGGGAGAUCUCCCUUUCAUGCUACAUCUCCUGCAUACAGUAAUUGGUGCUGGGCAGCUGGCAAAGCCCAUCACUGAUCUAUGGGCAAAGCGGCAUGCAAGAAGAACUCACCAGAGUCUUUUCAGACCCAGGGAGCAGACUCCAAAUGACCGCACCUUAACACAAUUGCUCAGCUUGCUUAAUUUUCAAAAGGCUUUGUGCAGCACUUGGUAUGAAGUGAGUUUUGCAGCAUGGAUUAAUGUGCAAAUGGUGACUAUAAUAAAUAGAGGAGGUGCCAAUGUGGAUGCUGUGGAGGUAGUUGUCAGAGAGAAAGAAAGUUCUGUCUAAGAAGUGAAUACAAUUAUUGAUAUGAAUUAUUUUUGGAAGGGGUACAUGUGUGGAAGUUGGAUUCAAAAUUAGAACAUUAAGGGGAUUAUAAAUGGAUGUUUAGGUGGAAAGAGCUGAUAAUGAAGGGCAUUUAGUAAAGUGCAUGUGGUACAGAAAACUAUUUUUUUACUCAUCUAUCUUUUACCUUACAAUAAUUUCUUAUUUAUUGGGUGCAGGCAGGUAAUAAUGGGAAAUAAGUGUGCAAGGUGUAGUACAGGGUUCAGAAGUUUCACUGGCGACUGGAAACUUAUUCUUGGUAAGUGGUUCAUGUACUGCAGGCUUCCAGUGACAAGUAACGUUUAGAGACUGGUUAUUAGUGUAGGACAAUUAGUCCUGGUGUAGCGUAUCUGCAUCUAGUACUUUUUAAUGAACCACGUGGUUCAUUAUACAUUGUGUUUAAUUUUACAGGCUCUUUGUUUCAAACUAGGAUGAUAGAUAACAUCGCACCUACUUAUAUUUGUUUUCUUGUUUGUUUUUACUCCUAGGUGUACUAUCAGCAUGCAAUUGUUCAGGACUUUGUUUCUGAAACCAAAUGCCAAAAAUAUAUAUCUUCUAACUUCUUCUGUUCGAUCAUGUAGACAACAAAUAUGGCCUCCUUCCUCCCUCCGCUUUGGAUGUCAAAUCUUAGUGGUGCACGGACAACAUAAGCAAUGGCUUCAUUCUACUUCAGGGCAAGAUGUGCCACAAGAAAAAAAAUCUACAACUGCCAGUCCAAAUCAAAGUGAAGAAGAUAUCACAACAAAAAGCCCUUAUGGUGCUACUAAACCUGAAGAGGUUAUAGACUCUGAUCCCUUGCAGGAUAAGUCCAUUGGGCUUUUUCACAGAUUUAAAAAGACUUUUAAACAGCAUGGAAAAGUCCUGAUUCCUGUUCAUCUUGUGACAUCCAGCUUUUGGUUUGGGUCAUUUUAUUAUGCUGCCAUGAAGUAAGUGUUUAGGAUAAAAGAUGUGUUGUAGUUAAAUAGGUGCAGUGUUUGUUAACCUGUAUAAUUUAAAUUCUUGUAAAAACCUUUUCACUCAGAUUGUGUCUAGGAGAUCUUCAAGGGACUCGUAGUAGUCACGAUAACAACUAUAGCUUAUGGUAGUUGUUCUGAUGAGUAUAGUCUGUCCCUGCAGGAUUUUUGCUAUAAACACUGCCUUUCAGAGAAACUGCCUAGAAAAACCUCUAGACGACCACAAGAGGUGCUUACUAGGGCACUGACAUUCAGCACGCUUUACUUUUCCACAUAGGGAUGCAUUGAUUCAAAGCAGGGCUCGACAAAUCCCAGGCGCCAGGUCGCCAUGGCGACUAAAAAUUUCGCCCUGGCGUCUGGGAUGUGCCAGCUCUCUAAUUAGUGUGUUCGCGGCCGUCGCAGGGAAUAUUGCAGGCGGCUGCCUGCAGGAGCAUGGAGGUAGGUGGCCACCCGCUGGAGCAUUGUGGACAGCACGCGAGGGAGCAGUACUCGCGCUGUGUAAUGAUGCCGGGAGCUGGAAUAUGACGGCAUUCCGGCCCCGGCAUCAUUACACAGCGCGAGGGAGCAGAGAGGAGCUACAGGCAGAGUACUGCUCCUUCGCACACAGGAUGAGUACAGCCCCACUGGACCACAGGAAAGAUCCACUCAGCUCUCCCAAAGGUAGGGAGGCUGAGUGGGUUUCAAUUAAAACAAAAAUGUGUGUGUGAAAGAGAGAGAGAGCCUGUCAGAGUGUGUGUGUGAGAGCCUGUCAGUGUGUCUGUAUGUGUGUGUGCAAGCCUCUCAGAAUGUGUGUCUGUGUGUGUUUGUGUAAGUCUGUCAGUGUGUGCAUGCAAGCCUGUUGUCAGCGUGAGUGUGUAUGUGAGCCUGUCAGUGUGUGUGUGUGUUUAGGUACCUGCCCCCUCCGAUAGUUUUUGCUCACCUUUUUUCCCCCCAAUUUUCUCACACCGUGCCAGUUUCCCCAUGGCUGAGAUUAUCAGUCUUUAUGAUCUCAGCUAAGCCAAUGCUUUCCCUUAGGAAAGCAUUGCGGGGAUUUUGUGCAUGCGCAGCAAAUGUACCAAUCCGCAUCUCCUCAUAGAGAUGCAUUAAAUUAAUUAAUCUCUACGAGGAAUAUUCAGCACCUCCAUGCAAAGCUUGGAGAUACUGAACCUGGGUGCUGUAUGUGGUGCAGCAGUGACCCAGGACUCUAGAGUGACUGUCACUAGAGGUGUUGCUAAGUAGCAAUGUAAAUUCUGCCUUUUCACAGAAAAGGCAGUGUUUACACUAAAACGACUGCAGGGACAGGCUAUAGACACCAGAACAACUACAUCAAGCUGUAGUGGUUCUGGUGACUAUAGUGUCCCUUUUAAGAAUUGCAUUUUUUCGUUGAAAAUGACUGGCUCCUAACUUGUUAAGCUGGCUCCUAGAUUCCAAACAAAUUUGUCAAGCCCUGUAUUAAGGGAUUUCAAGCUCGCUGUAGUGGAUAUGGUGCUUGAAUUUCACAGUCUGGGAGUGUUAUCGUUUCCAGAUGUCUUACUGAAGCAUUGUAUUUAAAAUAUAUAGGUCUGUGCUUACCCAUACCCAGACUACAACAGGGAGCCUGAGCACAUAACAUCAGUGUAUAUUAUAGUGCAAGUGUUUGUUUUAGUUACCCUUCUACCAGCUGGCAUUGUUGCCCUUUUCAGUAGCUACCGAUACCAAAUGUCAAUCUAAACUUAGCGUUCCUUCUUGCAUUAUGUGUUCUGAGAUUUUAAAAUUAAAUGUGCUUCAGGUUGCUGAAUAGGCUAUUUUUUGGAAUGGAUAUUUUAUUACUUCACUCCGUACUAGAUGAUAAAGAAAUUAGGCAUUUAAUAUAUAUUCUUUGAUAUAAUGCAAUUAUGAUACAAAAAAAGAUAAAUACUAUUUCAUUACAGUGUAACCAAUCAUAUUAGCCAGGUUGUUUCACAGUUAUCAAAGACGUAUAUGUCUUGCGGUGAGACUCUGUUUGCAUGUCUACCAUGCUUAGACUGUUCCUCUAAUGAGGAAGUACUAUUUAAAUAUUUUGCAAAGACCCCCAAUUGUGAUUUGCCGCUUGCAUGGAAUAGUGAGUUUUACUUAUCUGAACCUGUCCUUUGCAGCCAUCAUCUUGCUGCUUCUGGUCCUCUUGUGCUCCUAGUGCUUCAUGUGCCAGGAGUCCGCCGCAGUGCUGUACUCUCGCUCAGGCACGAGAGCACAACAAUGAUGUCUAUUGAAGAUCCAUAAACGGUGAUAUUUAUUUAGUAUUUGGGCAGUGGAGUCCCUUUAUUUUGAUGAAAGUUAUACCUGGGGGAGUCAUAUAGUUAUGAGAGAAAGUGGUCUGCAGUCACUUAUAGUAUACUUGCUAAGUGUCAAUAGUAUUAAUGCAGAUGCCAAGUAACCAAAAUGGUUAUUCACUAAUAUGUGGUUUGCUAGUAAUUCAAACUGAAUUUCAACAUCUACUCCAAAAACAAAUCUCUAAGUCCAUUCUGUUUUCAACUUGGCUAUUUUGGGCUUAAAGGAACACUAUAGGGUCAGGAACACAAACAUGUAUUCCUGACACUAUAGUGCUAAACCCACCAUUUAGGUGGCUUGCCCCCUAAAAGCAAUUAAAUAAUUGGCUAACAUCUGCAAGGGUGCGAGGCCAAACACUGCCGGCAAAACUACCGAAUUACGUCCUAACAGAAUGAGAAAAGUUUCUCUAUGUAUUAUUAGGACGCAAUUCGGGACUUUGUUAGGAUCGGAAUUUCAUUCAAAUGAAUGAAACUGAUCCUAUUCGCACAGUAUUAGGGAGCUAUCUACCAAAAGGCUGAAAGACUUAAAUUGGUCUUUGAGCCAAAUUUACAAAUACUAAGUAAAGAUUAUUUAGUAUUAGUAAAUUCUGACUCCACUCGUUAUGCCGCGAGUAAGGGCAUGUAUAUUAAACAGUGAGCAGUCUGUGGCUGCACACUGUUGUGUUAAAAAAAAUUUUUUUUAAAAAGCGGCAGGUGGGGGCCAUAAAUAACAAUAAUUCCCACGCUGUAUAAAAUGACUGGCACUCUGGUUGAAUUCCAAGCCAACCAAUCAGAGUGUUAUAAGUCAAACUGCAGGGUGUGGGAAGCUUUAUAAGCCUUUCCCCGUCCUGCGGAGCUCAGUCUGCGCCCUGCCGGGUGAAGAUGGAAUUUUUUUAGCAUCGGGUUUUGUUUUUUUUUCGUUUGCCUUUUUUUUUUUUUUUUUUUUUUUUUUUUUUUUUUUUUUUUUUUUUUUUUUUUUUUUUUUUUUUUGCGCUAUGGUUUUUAUUUUAUUUUUUUACAAGUUCCACGGGUAUUAUGGUUUUUAUUUGGCCUUUUUGGGGGCUGAAAAAAGAUUUUAGAAAAAAUUAGACAUAAAAUGGUAAGUUUUUAUUUUUUACAUUUUUUUUUUAUAUUUUUAGGGUGAGCGUGGUAGGUAGGGGUUUAUUAAUUUUUGUUUUGGGCGGGGGGACAUUUUCAUUUAGGGCUCCCAGCCGCCGCUCAGGGGGGAGGACAAUAGAUCCCCCCCCCCUCCCCCUAUUAUUUAUGGCCACCACCCGCCGCUCAGGGGUGGGGGCUGGGAGGAGGACAAUAGGUGUCCCCCUCAUUGUUUUUAUGGCCCCCUCCUGCCAUUCAAGGGUGGGUGCCGGGGGGGGACAAUAGGUCCCCCCCAUGCUCAUUUAGGGGCCCCACCCAGCACUCACGGGGAGGAAAAAAGGCCCCUCCUUUUUUUUUUUUUUAGUCUCCCUUAUGCUAUUAUGGUGGUCAUAUUGACCCUCAUACAGGGGAGGGAGGACAUGGGGGGCUUAGGAAGUGGUGGGGAAGACUGCUCCCUGCCGCUUCUAUUUUUAAAUUUUAUAAGGAGUAGCUCCCACCUUGUAAUAAACUGAACGAGCAAACGAACACCGAUAUUCUGUGUGUGUUUGUUCGUCUGACAUUUCUAUUCAUUCAUUUGUCUCAUUCGGAUUGGGGCAUUAGGGGGGUCAAUUAGAUGUAGUGGAGUCGGGAGGGGGGUUAAAAAAAAACAACAGGAUUCGGCCAUGACAGUGCCGCUUUAAAGGAUCACUAUAGUGUCAGAAAAACAAACUUGGUUUCCUGACACUAUAAAAUCCUUAGGUCCCUCCCCCUCCCACUGUGCUGAAGGGGUUAAAAACCCUUCAGCCACUUACUUUAAUCCAGCACCGGGCUCCCUCGGCGCUGGUGACCUCUCCUCCCCCGCCGACGCCAGCUUCCGAGUGGAGCUGAAUGCGCAUGUGCGGCAGGAGCCGCAUGCGGACUUAAACCGUCGCAUCCAGCAUCACAGAAGCGCCUCUAGCGGCUGUCAUUGAGCUGAAGUGGUCUGGGUGACUAUAGUGUCCCUUUAAUUUUGAACUCUGAAUCACCAGCAAUUCUCACUUUAAAUAAUAACCCAGAGAUUAUUUUCAGAAUAUUUCAGCAUCAGGUAGUGACAAACAAUGUUUUACAGUGACAAGCUUUUGAAAAGGACCUUCCUUUUUCAAGCUGAAAAUGUACUGUUUGCCUUAAGAGUAGUUCAGAAAGCUUGUCGCUCUAAAGGAUAACAAUUUGUUACUGAAUACUAAGAUACUGUGUAUGUGUACUAACCUGCUAUAUACUAUGGUAACAUCCAAUCAAUUUGUAAAAUGAACGCUGUUUCACAGUAAUUUGUAACGACAUUCACUUUUCUCAUAUUGGUGUGUUUUGGUUUGUUGUGUGUUUAGUUUAGUUUUUUGUUUUUUUUAUGUCAGCAACACAUGAUUGAAACACACACUGAUGUGAUAAAUGCUUACAGCAGAGGGCACUCUAUCUCUACUUGUUUCUAUAAACUAUACAAUUCUAAAUGUAUUUUGGCUAUUUAAAAAUAGCCAACACAUUCUGCAGUACCAUAUAGUGAGAUAGUUAUGAAUAGUAUAUAAUCUGUUAAAAAAACGUUUUGGUCUUGACUAUUUUUUAUUCAUUUAGUGGGGGAGAGUUCACUUUUGUUACAUUAUUAUACAUUAGAAUGUAUUAUUGUGAAUGUAAUAGAAGAAUAUAAUUAUUAUUUAUCUUUCAUUUCUUUUCUAUCUUUAAGAGGAGUUAACGUGGUUCCUUUUCUGGAACUCAUUGGCCUCCCUGAUGUCAUCGUAAACAUUCUGAAGAAUUCUCAAGGAGGGAAUGCACUUACAGCUUACGCCUUGUACAAGGUAAAUAAUUAUACUUUUUAGAAUGUUGAUUUGUUUUUAUUCUUUUUUUUUUAAUUUAGUGUAUUAUACUAAUAACUGGCCUCAUUUAAAAAAAAAAUUGUAUAAGACUUUCAAAUGAUUUAAAGAGAAACUAGAGUCACCUGAACAAUUACAGCUUAUUGUGUGGCUUUUUGCUUAUUGUGUGUGCUGGUUCCUGGGGCAGUGCACGGUGUGCAGCACUGACAUUCAGUGUUUCCACCCUCUACAUGGACACUGAACUUUCUUCAUAUAGAUACAUUGAUUUAAUGCAUCUCUAUGAGGAGGUGCUAUUUGGCCAGGGUUGCUUUUGGCUCCCUCCCCAGCCCGCCUCCUUGGCUGAGAUCAUCAAAAUUGACCAUCUCAGCCAAUUCAAUGCUUUCCUAUGGGGAAGCAUUGUGAAUGGCUGAGAUAAUCACUUCUGAUGAUGUCAGCCAAGGAGACAGAGCAGGGGCAAAGUCAGCACCAGUAGACUGGAAUAGUAAGAUUUUACUAUAUUUAGGGUGAGGGGGGCUAGAUAGUGUUUUUUACACUAUAUGGUCAUGAAUACAUGUUUGUAUUCUUGACCCUAUACUGUUCUUUUAAUAUUUUGAAUACACUUUUAAAAUGACUUCAUAUUUUAAUAUUUUGAAAAAACUAUUUUAAGAGUUUAUCUAAAUUUAUAAAAUUAAGGCCAUAUUCUUAAUCAGCCAUUUCUAGCCUACAUUGUUGGCAAUUUAGUUUUCAGUAGAUAACCAUAGAUUGAGAAGAGUGUAUUUGAAAGUGUCUAAUGUAAUAUAGGAAGUUGAUUUAUGUGUUGUGUUGUUUUGUUGGGGUUUUUUUGUAUGUUUUUAUUACACUUUACUUUUUAUUGCUCUUCCAAUAACAGAGUGCUAAAGCCCAUACCGAUAGAAUCCAUAUGUUUAUAUGUUGAAGACUCAUCAACUUUGAAGUGGUACUGUAAGCACCAUAGCCACUGUAGAACUAUGGUGCCAAGAUUACCUUGGUGCUGUAUCACGAUAAAUCCGCAAAGGAUGGAAUGUACAUAUAUAAUGAAGAAGGGGAGCUUUCAGUUUUUCUUUUUUUUCUAGAUUUUAUUCUGUUUUCCCAUUUAAAAAAAAAAAAAAAUUUUUGUAUUUAUUUUAUUUAAUAUAUAUAUAUAUAUAUAUAUAUAUAUAUAUAUAUAUAUAUAUAUAUAUAUAUAUAUAUAUAUAUAUAUAUAUAUAUAUAUCUCUAUAUCUCUAUCCACCUAGAUAGCUGCACUUAUAGUCUUUAAAGGACCACUCCUGGCACUAUAGUUUUCCUGGCACUAUAGUGCCCUGAGGGUGCCCCCACCCUCAGCGUCCCCCUCCCGCCGGGCUGAAUGGAGAGGAAGGGGGAUAAACCUUUCUCCCGCGCCGGGCUCCCUCUGCGCUGGGCACUCUCCUCCUCCUUUGGCCGUCAUCGGCAGAAUGCGCAUGCGCAGUAAGAACCGCGCGCGCAUACAGCCAGUCCAUAGGAAAGCAUUCUCAAUGCUUUCUUAUGGACGCUGGCGUCUUCUCACUGUGAAAAUCAAAGUAAGUAGCGGCUGUCAAUAAGACAGCCGCUAGAGGCUGGAUUAACCCAUAUGUAAACAUAGCAGUUGUUUAUGUUUACAGCAGGCAGGGUUAAUCCUAGAUGGACCUGGCACCCAGACCACUUCAUUGAGUUGAAGUGGUCUGGGUGCCUAUAGUGGUCCUUUAAAUAAAAAAAAGUCUAAUUUUGUAGAGUAUAAAUUAAAAUCAUAAUAAAUGUUAUAUACACACACAUAUACAUAUCUUAAUCUGUGGGAAAGCAUCUUUGUAUUUUUUUUUUUCUGUUGGUGAUAUAUAUAUAUAUAUGUAUGUAUGUAUGUAUGUAUGUACGUACGUACGAGAUAGUACCAAUCUUCAACCUAUCCGCACGCCAACUGACUACUGCAGAAAACAAGUUAUUGAUGAAAGGCCUAUCCUUUGUACCUACUACAUACCCGAAUCCACUCACACAGGAAGUGGAAAUUUAUAAGUUUGGGAGAACAUUAAGAUUGAAAGAAUUCUUUAAUUCUCAGAAAACACAAAGUCUUUCCACCAAUAGAUUCAAACGCAAGAGCACCUGGGAUCCAUUACCCAACCUGUCAACUAUAAAGACGUUCUUAAAAUCUCUUAACUAUGAAACUCAAUUACAUCUUAAUCAAUCAACAAAACACAAAUCCAAUAUCACUAAAGAUGAGCAAAAGAUUAUAACCUCACUAGCCAAAGACCCUAACCUUAUCAUCCGACCAGCGGAUAAGGGUGGUGGAAUAGUCCUUUUAAAUUAUACAGACUAUAGACAGGAGAUCUUGAUACAACUGGGAGAUCUGGCUACGUAUACAAAACUUACAACUGAUCCCACUAUAACAAUUAUUAUGAAUUUUUAUUACAAAAGAACCCAAGGACACCGGUGAUCUAUACGUUGCCAAAAAUACACAAAAACCCAAUAUCACCACCAGGAAGACCCAUUGUGUCAGCUAUAGGGGGGGCACUUGAACCGAUAGCCAAAUGGCUGGACUACUUGUUUAAAAAACCUAUUGAGGAAUUACCCACGUGCAUUAAGGACACUCCAAGCCUACUUGAAUUAUUACAACAGUUUACUACACUGGAAUCUGGAACCACUUUUAUAACGUGAUGUAAAAAACUUAUACACGAUCAUCCCACACGAAAUGGGCAUUAACGCAAUGCGAAAGAUCCUGACAUCAUCCUCAUCUUACACAGGCCCACCAGUUGAGUAUAUAUUGAAAUUAUUACAUUUGGUACUUAGUCAAAAUUAUUUCAGAUUUGAACAUACUUGGUAUAAACAAAUCGCAGGAACUUCAAUGGGGGCUGCCAUGGCCCCGAUGUAUGCUAAUAGCUAUAUGUACAUAUUCUUUUGCCAUUUCAUGAUAGUAUAUUGUUUUACCGUCAUUUUAUCGACGAUAUCAUCAUCAUCAUCAUCUGGAACAACGUAGGACCCACCCCAAACCAAAUGCUCGAUACCAUCAAUAGUUUAGACACACCAGUUCGCCUUACGAUGACUACAAGUGACGAGCAGAUCGACUUUUUAGAUGUUCGUUUGUACAAGGAGGAUGGCAGAAUAGCCUAUACCUUAUUUAACAAACCAACUGACAGGAACACUCUCCUGCACGCCGAAAGCCACCAUCCGAAACACCUUAUUAGUUCACUCCCUCAGUCACAAUUUAUGAGGGUAAUACGAAACAACUCCAAUGUGGCCAAUACACAACUUCAGCUACAGGUUAUGUGGGAUAAAUUCCUUGCACGGGGUUAUAACCCUAGAGUUUUGUCAAAAGCAUUGGAUAGGUGUUAUGAAAUACCAGUACAACGAACGGAUACGACAGAAAGAUUGGUAUUCCCUUUAACAUAUACCACCAUAUCUGACAACAUUAAACAAUCGGUUGAUCGGAACUGGAGAAUGUUACAGAAUGACACUAGUUUGCCAUCACAAUUCAAACAACGCCCGAUGAUGUGCUAUCAAAGGGGUAGCAACUUGAGGGAUUUAUUGGUCAAAACCGAUCCCACACAUUGCUAUAGCCAACCGAUUACCUAUCAUAACUUGGGGUGUUACAGAUGUUUGGGCUGUGUGACGUGCAGUCAUAUGAUUCCCAGUAAAUCGUUUACUCACCCACAUACAGGCAAGAAAUACCUAAUAAGGCAUAGACUCACCUGUACAAGUGAUUAUGUUGUAUAUAAAUUGGGGUGUCCGUGUGGUCUGGCAUAUGUGGGAAGAACUGAGUUACCACUACGCGAAAGAAUACAUAAUCAUCGAUCGAGCAUACGUAUUGCAUACAGGGAUAAAGGCUCAGAGCUACCAGUUGCUAAACAUUUUUUGGAUUAUAACCAUCCUCUCCCCACAAUGAAGUUCUUGGCAAUUGAUCACAUCCCACAACCUUUGAGGGGAGGUGAUCGUAAGAAGCUCUUAUUACAAAGAGAACUAUACUGGAUCAGAACUUUAGAUAUAGUGCAACCUAAAGGACUAAAUGAAAAAUAUACUUUGGGGGUUUUCUUAUGAUGUGAUAGCAUCCCAGGCUGAGAUUGUCAGUAUCUUGGAACUUCGACGCUACAUCAAUCUGUACUUCUGACCAGAUAACUAUUUUGGUAUUAUAAUUGUGCUUAUGUCUGGAUUACUGACUAUAGGUUGUUAGUACCCUAAGUAGAAUUUCGAACCUCAGAUUUUAUGUUGAAUAUAUUUUUCAAUUCAUAUAGACAAUAACCCGAAAGUAUGACAAGUGGGUCAGCAGCAUUAGAAGCAUGUUUCUUUAGGCUUGUGUAUUUAUUGAUUAUGUCUGCCUUAACUGUGGAUGUAUAUUAUGCACAUGAGGACUUAAUCAAUAUGAAUUAUAUCCUUUGCAAUUCACUCAGUCUAAUAAUUAUAGACAAUAUAGCCCAGGAUGCAUGGCUAUAUAUAUAUAUAUAUAUAUAUAUAUAUAUAUAUAUAUAUAUAUAUAUAUAUAUAUAUAUAUAUAUAUAUAUAUAUUUAUAAUUUUUGUUUUCAUAUAUAGGACCUUUUGAGUGGUUAGCCAGAAUUCCAAGUGGAGCAUUUAGCCUCCUGCAUAGUAAAUCCCUCUUAUUUGGAAAGAUAAUUCGAUAGUUGCUAUACCCCACUUUUUUUUUUACAUGUGGGCAAUAUCUUUAGCACUGUUCUGACACUAUUCACCUAGACAGAGGACUUUUGGGUCGUGGACUAGACCCAUUUUAUACUUAUUUGCGAACACCAGCUUUGUCUGGGUUCCGUAUAAUACAUAGAAUAUGCAGUUUCCACCUUUUAACAAACACCCAAGUCUAUUGUGUGUGUAGUGCCUUACUAGUUUUAUUGCAUAUGAUUAUUUGUUGUAGGGUGACACUUUAGAGAUCGAUCGCCAAUGUUUUCCCCUCCCUCAUAGUAAGUCCCUCCACCCAGCCAGACAUUACCGGCAUGUUACUAUGGCAACAUAUCAACUUCCGGGUUGCGGUUCAAGGCUGGAACGCAAGACAGCAGCAUAGCUCAGCUGAACUCCUCUACAGGGGUCAUUUUUACCCGCGUUUUUUUGGGCGUUUAACAUGGGAACUACUCUGGGAGAGGGGUAAGUCACACCUGUAUAUAAUACAAUGUACUAAUUUAAUUUGUAUUUGUUUGUUAUAUAUUUGUUGGUUUAUGUAAUGCACCUUAUCCUGACGAAAGUUCUACAUAGGAACUGAAACGUUGAUAUAUUUUGGCAGUCACUGAAUAAAGCUUAGUUAUAUUUUUUUCACCAUAUGUAUGACGUCUGGGAGUGCUAUUGUGUCCACCAUUUUGUUUUUUAUAUAUAUAUAUAUAUAUAUAUAUAUAUUUAUUUGUGGCAUUAUCUGAAGAAAUGCCAAACUACAGGUAAGUGUUUGGGAGACCCAGAUAAGUGUCAAACAGUUUUGUGGGAUGUAAUUCCUGCAACUCUUGGCACUAUUACACUACAGCAAACUGUAGUGGCUGUGGUGUUUAGAUUGUACACUCCAAGCUUGAACUGACCCAAGUUUUAUUGCAUUACACAGAUAAGAAAAUAUGCUGAAACAAUGUGAUAUGCGUUGAUAAAAGGAUAAUUGCAUGUGAAGUUUCUGUAUUUGCCGUAACCACAAUAGUAUUGUUAAAUAGAAAAACAUGCAGUAUCCACUUAAUCUUAAAGUAUGUGCCCCUUCAUCUGGAUAAACUCUUUUACAGAAAACAUGCAAUCUGUAAUAUCAUUUUAUUUUCCAUAAAUGGGGUGUCAUUUGGCCAGUUUACCUGUGGAGACCUCUAAAUAAAAUAUUUAUUUUAAUCUCCUGAAAAGCCUUUACUACUGUUAUACUUUUAAUAAUGGUAAGCUAAGGCGCUACAGUGUUGGUAUUUGAAGUCUUGUGGGAACAUCACUAUAGGGCUGUGUUUAAUGACUACAAAAUAAAGUUUUGUCUUUUUUUUUUUUUUUUCUUUGCUCUAAUAUUUAUGAAGCCAUUUAUAACCAAUCUAAUCCUAAGCACCACAUUCCUGCUAUCCCUCUAGGGUAUGUUUUUCUUUUCUUCAGUUUCAAAACAUUUGAAAAUGAAUAAAUAUUGAAUGAAAGUUAUGCAGCCGUCUGUAUUUCAAAUUCUCUUCUAAGAAACAAAGGUGGCUGCACAUUACUGGAUUCUGUGUAGAGGGACAAAUGAUGACAGGUGUAUGAAAAUAAUGCUUAUGUUAUCCACCCUCUAGUUCCAGUGUUCCAGUCACAUUCGGUAUAGUUAAUGCAUGCCUAUAAACCAGCAUACUUUUAGACCAAGUAUGGUUAAACUUUAGUGGCAUAGCAUCUACCUUUUAAGUAGUCACAUUAACAAGAUCUACCAUUCAAUCUACAAGCUGCCUUAUGUUCAUUCUAUGCACUGUGAAAUAUUUUGGUACUAUAUAAUAAUUGCCAGUACUAUAUAAUAAGUGCCCUUACCUUCAUUAAAAAAAAAAUCUCUUAUGUGUAAGUACAACCAUACUGACAUCACUUGUGUCCAGUGUGUAAAAACUGGGAUGAACAAUAUUUUAAAAUUGUUUGUGCGAUUAGAAGUGUGGGGUUGUUUUUUUCAACGUUUUGGUGUUUCCAUUUUCUGCACUUCUGUUCUUUUGCCUUUCUUUUUGUCUUUGUUCUGUGCAAAGCUGUAUUACCCAGUCCCAGACAGCCAUUACCCCUCUCGAGAAGUUUAGAGACCUGAUAAUCUGCUAAAGAGACUCCAAGCGCAUUAUACCCAGUUAAAACACUUUGGUUUCUCUUUACGCUGAAAUUUUAUUCUGCAUAAUAAUUAAAAGAAGUGAGUUUUAUUUACCCUUCUGUGUCCUAUUACCAGACUCUAGGGGUUAUUAUAACACAAUUUGGUAUAGAGUAUAUUCAUUGUACUGUUUCUACAGAGUUAAUCACCAGUAAAAUAGUUUUUGUAUUUGUUCACUGUCUAGACGGGUAAGCAGGCUUUACAGCUUGAUAAAAGCUGCUUACCUUACUGUGCUUAAUUUUAGUACAUCCCCUACUUGCUAAAAGUAAAAUUAUUGAAAGUAAUGGCUUUCUUCUAAAUAAUAGGUCACAAUUUAUUCUUUGAGUUUUGAUAAAGUUUGCAUUUUAAAACAAUAUCUUUAUUCUCUAAUUUGUCCAAUAUUUUAGUGGAUUGUGUAUAAAUGCUGUACUGUAAUUCUACGUUUUUAUGUAUCAGACUGCUUUAUUCAUUAACAAACUAUUUUUUUAAAUGAAGAAGUUAUGGUAAAAGUGACCCUAAACUAGAGGGGUAUAGGAACUGUUUCAUAAGAACAAGUCUUGAAGUUGUGAGCAAGAUGUGGCAUUUAUAAAAUAUGGUGACUACAUUCCAACUAACUAAAAUUAUCUUUUGGUGAAAAUUUCCUAAUCCUAAAAUCAUGUGACCAGUUACAAAAUAAUGAUUGGUAUAACAUGUGGGGGGGAUUAUCAAACAAAACCGGUACUAUUUUGGGCUGGAAGUUGAAGGACGUUCCAAUGGUUUCCAUUGUGGUUAUAAAUUUUAAAGCAUGGAUGUCCAACCCGUGGACUGGUUGCCAUCCGGCGCUGCCGUGCAGAGAGGGAGGCAGGGAGCACUUUACCUUCUAUGCUCCUCCUGCACAGCUUCCUCGCCAGCUGCCGGGAUAUUACGGCAUCACUGCUGGACGUGAGGGACCUGUGCAGGAAGAGCACAAAUGUCCUAUGCUCCAGCCCAGUAGCAACCACUGGCCACCAGGGAAAAAAGAUCCAUUCCAGCACUCCCAGAGCAAGGUAGGGAGGCUGGGUGGACCUCUUUAGUACUAGUCUGAUUGUAUGAAUGUGAUUUUGUGUGUGUGUGUGUGUGUGUGUGUGUGUAUAGUUCUGUGAUUUUUAUGUGUGUGUGGGUCUGUGAUUGUGAUUGUGUGUGUGUAUGAUCUUUUGUGGGUCUGUGAUUGUGUGUGUAAGUUUGUGAUUAUGUGUUUGUGUGUGUGUGUGUGUGUGUAUAAUUACGUGUUUGUAUGUAUGUAAGAAACCACUGUGGUACUCCGCAGAUGUGGCCAAAAUAGUAAAAAACUAAGUUACCAUUUAGUAAUUAAAAAAAAAAAGAGUGAGGAAGAUAGACAGCUCUAUAAGAUUAGGCAGAAAGAGGCUAAGCAAGUUACAAGAGAUUCAAAAUCACAUUCAAAAUACAAGAGAAGAUAGCACAGUCAGUAAAAAAAAAAAGGGGGGGGGGACAAAACAUUUUUUAGAUGCAUAAAUGAGAAAAGAAAAGUAAAACAAGGAUUAUUGAUUCUUUUUGAUUGGGUAACUAAAAUAAUAGAUGAGGGUGGUGCAGUAGACAUUGCUUACCUAGAUUUCAGUAAGGCUUUUGAUACUGUUGCACAUAGAAGGCUUAUCAAUAAACUGCAAUUUUUAAUUUUUGAUCCCAAUAUUGUUGAAUGGGUAAAAGCAGUGGCUGAGUGACAGGCAACAGAGGAUUGUAGUCAAUGGAGAAUAUUCGAAGCAUGGGCUUGUCACCAGUGGGGUACCUCAGGAAUCUGUACUUGGACCCAUUCUCUUUAAUAUUUUUGUUAGUGAUAUUGCAGAAGGUCUUGAUGGUAAGGUAUGUCUUUUUGCUGAUGAUACUAAGAUAUGUAACAGGGUUGAUGUUUGAGGAGGGAUAAGCCAAAUGGCAAAUGAUUUAGUUAAACUAGAAAAAUGGUCAGAGUUGUGGCAACUGAUUUAAUGUGGAUAAGUGCAAGAUAAUGCAUCUUGGACAUAAAAACCAAAGGGCAGAGUACAGAAUAUUUGAUAGUUCUAACCUCAACAUCUGAGGAAAGGGACUUAUGGGUGAUUAUUUCUGAUGACUUAAAGGUAGGCAGACAAUGUAAUAGAGCAGCAGGAAAUUCUAGCAGAAUGCUUGGUUGUAUAGGGAGAGGUAUUAGCAGUAGAAAGAGGGAAGUGCUCAUACCAUUGUACAGAACACUGGUGAGACCCCCUUCACUUCAAGUAUUGUACACACUACUGGAGACCAUAUCUCCAGAAGGAUAUUGAUACUUUAGAAAGUGUUCAGGGAAGGGCUACUAAACUGGUUCAUGGAUUGCAGGAUAAAACUUACAAGGAAUGGUUAAAGGAUCUUAACAUGUAUAGCUUGGGGGAAAGACGAGACAGGGGGGAUAUGAUAGAAACAUUUAAAUACAUAAAGGGAACCAACACAGUAAAGGAGGAGACUAUCUAUUUAAAAGAAAAACUACCACAACAAGAGGACAUAGUCUUAAAUUAGAGGGACAAAGGUUUGAAAAUAUCAGGAAGUAUUACUUUAUUGAGAGGGUAGUGGAUGCAUGGAAUAGCCUUCUAGCUGAAGUGGUAGAGGUUAACACAGUAAAGGACUUGCGCGGGAUAGACAUAAGGCUGUAUAAAUGAGGCCUGGGACUUAAAAACUUCAGCCACUUGCCUUUCUCCUACUCUCCUCCUCCUGCCGAUGUCAGCGCCGCGCAUGCAUUCAAUCCUCCCUUAGGCAGGGCCGGAUUAACAUAAGGGCUGAUGGAGCUGCAGCUCUAGGACCAGGCCCAGGCCCAGGCCCAUGGAAUAGGCUCAUUGAUUUGAAAAAAAAAAAAAAAAUUUUUUUUUAAACCCCUUAAGGACACAUGACAUGUGUGACAUGUCAUGAUUCCCUUUUAUUCCAGAAGUUUGGUCCUUAAGGGGUUAAACACACACUAAUUUUUUUUUUAUUUAUUCAUUUAUUUUUAAACACACACUACUCUUAGGUUUUCCAGGUAUUUCUCAUGUAUUUCUUAUGGUUGCCAGGUAUUUCUCAGAAGUAUUUCUCAGGUAUUUAAAGCUGCCUUGCUGGUAUUACCGUAAUACCGGCAAUACAAAUGUCUGUCUCAAUAUAAACAGAGAUUAUUCUGCAAUAUCAGCGCCGGCCAGUAGGGGUCGCUGUUUGUGCGGAGAGAGGCAGGGAUAAGAAGUUACAGCAUCUCCCUCCCUGCCUCUCUCUAUUCACUGAUCCACGGGGGAGCAGCUCUGCACAGAGAGUGCAGACAGCAGCUGCGAGACUUGGGGAUGCUGAGACAUGGGGACACUAGGGACACAGUGGCCCCAUGUCUCUCAAUGUCCCCAUGUUCCCCAGUGUCCCUAUGUCUCCCAAUGUCUCAGCGUCCCUAGUCUCUCCCAGAUUCCCCAUGUCUCUCCCAGUCUCAGUGUCCCCAUGUCUCUGUGUCCCCAUGUCUCUGUGUCCCCAUGUCUCUGUGUCCCCUAGUGUCCUAGUGACACUGGGAGACAUGGGGUCAAAGACUCUGAGGGACACUGGAAUACAUGGGGACACUGAGACACUAGGGGACACUGGUCGACAUGGGGACACUAAGACACAUGGGGACAAUGUCCCAAUGUCUACCAGACAGUGUCCCUGGUGUCUCUCAGUGUUCAUAGUGUGCCAGUGUCUCAGUUUUUCCUAGCCUCCCAGUGUCUCAAUGUCCCCUAGGACAAAAGAAAAAAAUCUCAGGCACUCUCUGUGAUAGAUUUAAGCAGGUUUAUUGGACACUGCAACAUUUCGACCUGUACCCAGGUCUUUAUCAAGUCUCCAGUGUCCCAAAAUCACCCAGUGUCCCCAUUUCUCCAUGUCUCCCAGUGUCCCCAAGAGUCUCGGUGUCCCCUAGUAUAGAAGAAAAAUUUCAGGCACUCACUGUGAUAGAUUUAAGCAGGUUUAUUGGACAACGCAAUGUUUUGACCUGUACCCAGGUCUUUAUCAAGUCUCCAGUGUCCCCUAUGUAUCACAGAGUCUGUGUCCCAAAGUCACCCAGUGUCCCCAUUUCUCCAUGUCUCCCAGUGUCCCCAAGAGUCUCGGUGUCCCCAGUGUUCCCUAGUGUCUCCAUGUGUCCCAAUGUCUCUCAAUGUCCCCUAGUGACAUGGGGACACAGACACUAAGGGACUGGGAGACAUGGGGACACAGACAUGCCCUCUUUUUGUGUAUGUUAGUUCCUUUCGGCAGUUCCUGUUAUGUGAUUUGUGUCAGUGGCCCACCCUUUUACCCCAUCCAUCGACUUCCUGCUUUACUGGACACUGCUGUUAGGGGGUAUGGGUUUACUUGAAAGAUGAAAGCAUGAGAUUAGCAUAGGGUAUGUAUUUUCUGCGUCCUAUUAGUUUCCCUCCAGCACCAUCUCCAUCAGAUACAUGACGCUUAGGAGGUAGGACUGUUUUAGUGUUUUUGGUCAAUAGGAUUUUGUAAUUAGGCCCAUCAUAAUUGUCAGCACCAGUCCCACUGGGCUCUUAAUCUGGCCCUGCCCUUAGGAAAGCAUUACUCAAUGCUUUCCUAUGGACGUCAGCGUCUUCUCACUGUUAUUGUCACAGUGAGAAUCGCGGAAGCGGCCUUUAGUGGCUGUCAGUGAGACCGCCACUGGAGGCUGGAUUAACCCUCAGUGUAAACAUAGCAGUUUCUCUGAAACUGCUAGGUUUUCAGCUGCAUGGUUAAAACUAGAGGGGCCUGGCACCCAGACCACUUCAUUGAACUGAAGUGGUCUGGGUGCCUAUAGUGGCCCUUUAAUAAAAAAAUUUAAAAAAGAUUUGCAAAUAAAUAAUAAUACGGUAAAUGUACAGAAUAUCGGUAAACUAUCGGUCUGAAAGUUCACAGAUUAUCGGUAUUGGUUCUAAAAAAAAGCAAUAUCUGUUGAUCCCUACUUGAAUGUACAUACAUCUUUGGUUCAAUUAUAAAACUGCCCAGAUAUAUAAUUAUAGAUAAAAUUUUAUAUACACCAUUAUGUGCAUUUAUGUACUGGCAUUUUUCAGUAAAUGUUUUGUAAAAUGUUUAAAAAAAAAAAAAAAAUUUCAACACAAAAGGCAAAAUGGUUAAUAUAUGACAACAUGUUGCAUAAUGGAUCUCAUUACUUAUAUAUUUUUUUUAUCGGUCUCUGAAGGCAAAUAUGGAGUCAUCCCCCUGUGAAGGGAUUUCUGAACGUAUGUCCUUUCAGUUUUUUGAGAUACCUGUAUGUGUUGAUAAUUAGGCCUUCAUUCUGAAAGGCCCUGCAGCUUGUGUAUGUCAAGUACAGCACAAAAACAAAAAAAAGAGGGGAGAUGUCAUGCUUUCUUCUUUCUAUAGAAUCCUGAAUUUCAUGGCAAAUCUGCUGCAAAAUGACUUCUAUCUCUUUCAUGCUUUCUUGGGAAAUGUUAUAUGAUUGACAUGUAACCUCAAAGUUUAGAGACUGUACCAGGAAAGUGAUUGUUUGAAUUUCCUACCCUUUUAACCUGAUUCUUGUGUUGGAACCAACAUUUUAAAUGCAAGCCUAAAUCUUGUUCAUAAAAUAUUUUUCUGCUUAGUCUAGGGCUUGACAGUUUUGCUUGGAAUCUAGGAACUAGCUAAAAAAGUUAGGAGACAUGUUUUUUUUUUUUUUUUGGUUUUUUAACUAACAGCUUAAUUUUUAAUUGCAUAAAUACACAUCUUUAAUGUAGUGGUUCUUGUGUCUAUAUCAUGUCCCUGCAGGCUUUUCAAUAUUGACAAAAUUACCAAAAAAGGCAAUCUACAACACUAAAAUAAUAGAGACGGACAUAGGGCAAUAAUAUUGCACAAUGUGGGUUAUAAAUAUAAAUGAUCACACUCACAAACCCAAUUUGAUUGAAGGCAUAUCAAGGGUAACGAUGUAUUAACUUCGGGACUUGUGGAACAUCAAUAACAUGCAUAGGAAGAAGAAAAGAAAUAAUAGUGCAGAGUAUCUUAAUAAAAUAACACAAUUUAUUAUAAGAUACACUUACAAAAUAGAAGUAUCAAACAGGCACAUCAGACUCAGUUCCAAACAUAUCUUGAUCACAAGGUCCAAAGGAGCAGGAAAGCCAGAUGGAAAAUACAUAAAUACAUAAAAAUAAAAUGAAAAACAAAUACUCUGUACACUAAAAGGCCCUACGCGUUUCGUUCAAUUAAGAACUUCUUCAGGGGCAUCUAACAGGGAUCUGUCCCUAUUUAAUUGCAUAAAUACAAAUCUUUAAUGUAGUGGUUCUUGUGUCUAUAUCAUGUCCCUGCAGGCUUUUCAAUGUAAACACUGUCUUUUCAGAGAAAAAGCAGUGUUUACAAUGCUGUCUAGUAACAACUCUAGUGACAGUCACUUAGAUGGCCACUAGAGGUGAUUUCUAGCCCUGUGCUGCACAGUGUGCAGCACCUACGUUAAACUUCUCGGAGGUACUGAAUGUUCCCCCAUAGAUAUGCAUUGAUUCAGUGCAUCUCUACGAUGAGAUGCUGAUUUGGUGCAUUGCAGUAUAUUUUGUCACACCUUCACAAUAGCCUUAGCUUGGAUGAGAUUCUUAAUAUUGAUUAUCUUAGCCAUGCACACAGGACCAGCCAUUGCAAGACCCGCAUGGCAUGGGAACAAAAGGUGAGUAAAAACCGAUCAUAGGGGGCCAGUAACCUAAACAAACACUCUUUCAGACAGACACGCACUCUCACUCCUCACACACACACUUUUUUUUUUUUUUUAAUUCAAUUUAAUUUAUACACACCCUGUCUACCUACCUUUGGAAGAAUUAGGGGUUAGGAAAGCUGGAGCAGAUUGUGCAAUUUUAAAAUAAUUUUUGCUCUACUCUCUUGCGUAUUUGUCCAGCUCCCAGCAUCACAGCUUUGUUGAACCCCGGCUUAGAACUUAGCAUCUUUCAGUCAAAAACAUGAUUUGAAUUUCUCUGGGGUUCAUCAGUCAGUUUACCAAUGUUCAUUUAUUUAUUUUGUUCAAACAAAAUAGAAAAAUUGUCACUCUUCGCUACAGGUGGAAAAUAUCCAGAAAUAUAAUAGUGGGUACCUUUAAGUAUGUGAUUUUAAAUAUAAAUCGAAGAGCUCUUCCCUUUACCCUACCCAAAGAGAAAACAAAAAAAGCAGUGUCCACACUCUCCAACUCUUUUCCAAUUAGCACCACAAUUUAGCUUGAACUAAACUGAAAGAACUAUUUGGAGCUGUGUGAAAGGGGAUAACGUUUGGAAACGGCUUAUUUUGUACAAUUGGUUUUUCUGUGCGUAGAGUAAAGCAAGGUUAGAGUAAGAGCUCUUUGCUUGUACACCUCCUUUGAGAUUGCUUUAGCUAAUGUCCAUGCUUGGAGCUGUAUAUUGAGACAGGCCUCUGGAUUAGUUUCAUAUUGAGGCAGAAUUGUGGAUAGUAAAAGUUGCCUAAACUUGUUGUGCAAUGUGGUAGUACCACAACUCUGAACCAGUGCUAACUGAUUUUCCAACAAGAUGGGGCACCUCCUCAUCAUGCUUUUGCAGUAAGGGACUACCUUGACAACACCUUCCCGAAGCAUUGGAUCGGACGGCGUGGCAGCAUUAAAUGGCUGCCACAUUCAUCCGAAUAAACACCAGCGGACUUCUGGGAUGUAGUAAAGGAUAAGGUUUUUGAGAGGAAGCACCAAACAAUGGACAAAUUAAAAGUUUAAUGGCGGAAGCAUUUAUGGACAUUGAUGUGUGCCUGAAUUUGUGUCGUACUGUGUGUCACAGUGUACCGGACAUGUACAAUAUUGGUGGAAGACAUUUUGAGUGUUUACGAGAUUAAAUAGUGUUAAAUAUAAAUAUAAUAAAAUGCAAACAAAUUAUAGUGUACCUACUUUUGGGCACCUUGUGUGUGUAUAUAUGUCUAUAUAUCAUAUGUAAAAACACUGCCUGCAUUGAAAUGCUAACACUACAUACUAAGACACCCUUACAUUUCAUGGCAAAUAUUACACACAAGUACAUCACUGAUUUCAAUGGCAACAGUACAUAAAAACACACUCGACAUUCAAACACAUGCACACCAAAAAAAUAUGCUUCCAUACAAACACUACUCAGUGCUAAAUACAAUUGUGCAAGAACCUUUUCUACAUUAGUUCUGCCACCUGUUUAUAUUAUGACACUCCACGAAAGGUAGUUUAGAGAACCACAAAACCAUACAGAUAAAACUAGCCAACAUGUGCUUUUUCACAAAGUUAAUAUCCUUUUCUGGGUGGUGGGUUUUUUGUUUUGUUUUUUGUUGUAAUCUGUACACACACUUGUUUUCACAGUCCAUUGCAUCUUAUUAAAAGGAAAUAGAGGAUUGUGAAUUUUUUUUUUUUACAAAAAACAAACUUACAAAUUGCAUGUGUAGAAACAAAAAUGAUAUUUAUGUGAUUGAAUGUAAAGUACAGUUUGAUUGGCCUUGUAUUUUAUUUUGCUUAUUCUGUAAUUUAUGAUUAUACUUUUUUUUUUUUGCAGAUUGCAACACCAGCUAGAUAUGCUGUUACAUUAGGCGGAACAUCUAUUAGUGUUAAAUAUCUACGGAAGUAUGGCUAUUUGUCUACACCACCGUUGGUGAAAGACUAUUUACAGGACAAAAUGGAAGAAACAAAAGAGCGCUUCAGUGAGAAAAUGGAGGAAACUAGAGACAUCAUUAGUGGAAAAAUGGAAGAAACAAAGGAUAAAAUUUCUGAAAAGCUAAUGGAAACCAAAGAUAAAGUUUCUUUCAGAAAGAAAAAAGAAGAGUAGCAAUCCAUCCAUUUUAAAAAUAUGUACGGUAUUUCGUGACUAUUCCAAGCCGAAAACACACUUAUUUGAUUGUAUUUUUCUAAUUGUAAAGAAUCUGUCAUUCUGGGCACAUUUGUCUUUAUUCUACCAUUAAAUGCAUUUUUUUUUUUUUUGUUUAAAGUUUUGACUCUUAAAGCAGAAAAACGUAUAUAUAUUGCAUGUGCCUAUUAUGUGUGUAAUUUGUUAUUAGCUUGAGACUUUUCAGUAUUUUUAGUACAAUAUGAAUGUUUGCUAAAUAAGAAAAUAACAGAAUUGAGCUUCCAGAAUAAAAUCUGCUUUAAUUCUUUGACAACCCUCUGCACUCCAGGUGGCUGGUAUAUAUUUCCUUUGAUACAUUGACCACUGUCUGUAGCUUUGCGAAAUUCACACUGUACUGUUUAUGGUUAUAAUAUUGCAGUUUUGUAAGACAAUAAAUAAUACAUAACUCAGUUGGGAUUUAUUCACUAGACCCUGAAUUGUAGUGAUUUGAAAUGUGAAUUACAAAUGGAUUGCAAAAUAAUCCAACUCUAAACUAAAAUCCAAAACCAAGUACUUUGUGCUUAAAUUUUGCAAUUCAGUUUUCUACAAUUUUGAGUAUAGUAAAUUAACCUUAAUUGUGCAGAUAAAAAAUAUAAUAAAAUACUUGACAUUUCAUUCUUGUGCAGGUAUGUACAAUAUUAAUAAAGACAUACAUUUUUAGUCUGAAAUGUAUUAAAAUAUAAAUAAAACAGCUAUGCACUGAUAUGUUUAGCAUGUAUAAAAACAAUUAUAAUGUAGUAUCUUGCACAAGCAUAACCAAACCAUAAACCAGAUAUUAAAAAAUAACUCUGUAUCAACACGAUACAGAGUUGUUGUUUUUUUUUUAAAUGUUUUUACAAUUUUAGUUAACCCUUGUAAAAUAUUGCUGCAAUCAGAAAUUAAGAUUGUCAAGAAAAAGAACCUGGGUAAAGCAUAUGAGAAGAUAAGGCAGUUGGAGAGUCAAAUAGCAAAGAAUUAAAUUUUCUUAACUUAUUUGAAGAAUUCUCAAAAUUGAUCGUCAUCCAAUAUGACCAUUAUACCACAUAACAACCUAUGUGUUUUAUAUCGAAGAUGGUAACGCACACUGUAGGCAUUAUCACUGAACAAAUUUUAAAAAAGGUUUUGAAAUGCAGUCUGCGUUUUGUGGUUAUUGGAGUAGUUAAGUUUAAACGUGUGCCAAUUUUGAAAUACUGCCAAACCAUAUGGCAGACCAAUAGAGGUGGCUAAGCAUAAGACCAUAUUAUAGAUGUAAAUUACAAAGUUUUGCAUUUUAUGAAAAUAUUUAAAUCUUGCAUUAUUAAUCACGUGGCACCCAGACCAUAAGUCAUGUGGGCAUUAUAUUCAAAAUAGCAGAGAACAUCGUAAAUUUUUAUCAUCCGUUUAUUUUUAACCCCUUAGUGACUAGGGCUGUUUUUACAUUUCUGCAGUGAAAAUGUUUAGCUGUAAUUUUCAUCUUACUCAUUUACUGUACCCACACAUAUUAUUAUACUGUUUUUUCUCGCCAUUAAAUGGUCUUUCUAAAGAUACAAUUAUUGUCGUCAUAUCGUAUCAUUUACUAUAAAAAAAUUCUAAAAUAUGAUGAAAAAAUUUUAAACACUUUUUCUAACUUUGACCCCCAAAAUCUGUUAUGCAUCUACAACCGCCAAAAAACACCCAUCAUAGUUUAUAAAUUUUGUCCUGAGUUUAGAAAUACCCAAUGUUAACAUGUUCUUAGCUUUGUUUUUUUGCAAGUUAUAGGGCAAUAAGUACAAGUAGCACUUUGCUAUUUCCAAACCAUUUUUUUUUUUUUUUUUUUUUUUAAUUAAUGCAAGUUACUUUGUAACACUGAAAUCUGUCAGGAAUCACUGAAUAACUAUUCACAUGUACAUAUUUUUUUUAGAGAAGACAACCUAAGGUAUUAAACUUGGGGUAUUUUGACUACUUUCAUGACACCGUUUUACCAUCAAUCUAUGCCAAAUUUAAAAACAAAAACAAAAAGUUAGAUUUUUUUUUUUUUUUUAUACACACAUAGCAAUUUAGGAAUACAUGUACUGAGAACUACGUGUUCAGCAACAUCUCCAGUGAUAUCGCCCAUGUUUAGGUGUGCUUUUCCAUGUUUGCACAUUGGCCUAUGUUGCCUUUGAGACCGUAUAGAAGCCCAGGAAUGAAAAUUAACCCUAUCAUGGCAUACCAUUUGUAAAAGUAGACAACCCAAGGUAUUCAAAAUAGGGUAUGUCCAGGGAGAGAUGUUAAAGUUUGCAAUAUACAUUGCAGAUGCCCUGCAAAACAUGGUAUGGGUCCCUGGGGUGGAGUAUUUGGAGAGCAGGGUGGGCCAAUGCUCCAACAGCACUAGUUGCUGUGUAACAGACCAGAAUUUGGAUCUGACUUAAAGGACCACUCUACGCACCCAGACCACUUCAGCUUAAUGAAGUGGUCUGGGUGUCAGGUCCUUCUAGGGUUAACCCAUUUUUUUAUAAACAUAGCAGUUUCAGAGAAACUGCUAUGUUUAUUAAUGGGUUAAGCCUUCCCCCUAAUCCUCUAGUGGCUGUCUCACUGACAGCCGCUAGAGACACUUGCGU